CCAGACCAAGGGACAGUUUGUCAGACCAGACCGGGGUCGGGGGAGGGCCCUGAGUCCUCCUGGCUUGCCUGCAGCCAGCACUCUCUAGUCCUCUGUCCUUUCGUUUAUUGCCCACUUAGGAUCUAGGGCCCCAGGCCAGACUCUAGGGCAUGUGUCCACUCCCAGUAGGAAAGUGGCUCGGCAGAUGGGAGGAGGGGAGGCCCUUUGAACCCUAGCAGGCUGGUCCAGUUUCCUGAGCAGGUUUCUGUAUGAGAAGCCAGUCCAGUACCCCUGCACGAACCCUCACCCAGAGCCAGGGAGCUGGCUCCGUUCCUUGGCAACAUCUUGAGGAAUCCAGUCGCUGCACACAGGCUCCCUUCCUCUCCCCUCCCACCGCCUUCCUGCCUGCUGCCUGCGGGGGACGGGGGCCGGGAGGCGGAGGCGGAGGCAGAGAGAGUCAGAGGCAGCGGAGCCCCAUUAUAAAUCCCAGCAGAGCUCAGGCAGCGAGCAGACAGCUCUGAGCUUCAACGAGGGCCCCUGCCGCCUUCUCUGCCACCCUCCAACCCCGGACUCCCGUCUGCCCUCGGCCAUGGCUCUUCCACAUCUCUCGUGGUUGCUCCGCUUGGCUGCCUUCUGCCAUCUGACCAUGCUGCUGGCCGGACAACAGCGUGGUGUGAAUAAAUGCAGCAUCCAGUGCAACAAGAUGACCACCUCGAAGAUCCCCGUGAAUCGUCUAGUCCAGUACCAACGAAAUCAAGAAUCAUGCAACAGACGUGCCAUCAUCUUGACAACUGUGAAGGGACUAUUAAUCUGUGCUGACCCAAAGGAGGAAUGGGUCCAGAAAGCCAUGGAGUAUCUAGACCGCCAGAGUGCUUCUCUGGCUCAAAAUGGCGGCACGUUUGAGAGGCAAAUCGGUACGAGUGAGCCCGCGACCACCCCAGCCACCAGAGGAAUGGACAGGUCUGCCGUCUCCCAGACCAAAGUCACAGGUGAAAGCAGGAGCCAGGAGGCACAGAGGGCCUUCGAGACUUCAGAGGCUCUGGAUGGAAGGCCCGAGAGAACUGAACUUUUCAAUGAGGCUGCCAUCACCACCACCACGUCUUGGCAGAGUUCUACUGCCUACCAACCUGGGUCAGGCCUCUGGGCUAAGGAGAAAGCCUCUGAGGCCCCCUCCACCCAGGCCUCCUCCACCCAGGCCCCUACUAUUUCACAUGCAGCCCUGGAGAACAACACUGGGUCUGAAGGCCAACCUGUGUGGAUCAAGACACAGUACCCGACACCAGAGAACUCUCUAGGGCCCAACAAGAUGGGUCCCAUUUCAACUCCCAUGGAUGCUUUCGUGGGGACUGGCAGCACGCCGGACAUCUUCGUGGUCCCUGUCUCCUCCGAAGGGGCCCCCAGCAUGGAUCCCCUGCUGUUGGGCAGCAUGGCCCCCAGAGCCGAGGAGCCCAUUCACGCCACAGUGGACCCCCAGAGGCUGGGCAUUCCCGACUCCCAGGCAGCCACCCGGAGGCAGGCGGUGGGGCUGUUGGCCUUCCUUGGUCUCCUGUUCUGCCUGGGGUUGGCCAUGUUUGCCUACCAGAGACUGCAGGGCUGCCCCCGCAAGAUGGCAGGGGACACGAUCAAUGGGCUUCACUACGUCUCCCGGAGCUGUGGCAGUAACACAUAUGUCCUGGUGCCAGUGUGAGCUGCCCACCUGCCUGCGUCCAAUUGUUAGAUUCAGCUACCUGGGGUCGUCCAUUUUCACACCCACCCUCACCCAAGGGCCUGACCUGAGCUGGGAUGAUUGGAACAGGGAGGCGGGAUCCUCCAGGUUGACUGUUCUCAGCUACUGGAGGCCACUCUUGGCCGUUCCUGACCUGCUGGGACAAAGAGGGUGGCCUCCACAACUCACUCCAACGUCCCGAGUCAGAAAACUCCCCUCUGCUGUUGGCUGUUUAGAGGGUCCCUUAGACACCAUGCCAGCCCCAGUGAACAAUUAUUUCAUUGACCACCCAGCUCCUCUGAUCACUGUCCCCCUGUGGGUACCAUGGUCAUCCCAUCUCAUAAACAAGCCUCAGGCCAGGCCCCUUCUGCCCCCUCCCUCAGACUUGAUCAUGUCUUUUGGCUCCGGCUGCGGUUGCCAGUCACCCCAGCUACCUGCGGUGCUAGCUCCCUGACCCCUUGUACAGACCCCUUCUCCCCAGCCGGGGGCCUAUCUUUUCUUGCAUGAGGCUAGUGUGGUGUGUUUCCUGGGACUGCUCCCAGCAGAGGAUCUGCUCUCAGUUAGACAUCAUGAGAAUGGAAGAUGAAGUUAUCUGGUGGCUCUGAUUUUUUUCCCUCCUCAAUCUGUGCCAUGUGGUAGAGGAACAUUGACUAUGAGCGUGAAGGCUGGGGGUCUAGUCCCAGGCCCACCAAGGCAUUCGUACCUCUUGUUUCCCAUCUGUAAAAGUGAAGAGGGAUGGCAAAUAUGUGGCAAUAACCCGUACUUCUGGUAGGCAUCACUCAUUGAUCCAGAGACCCCUUUCCCCAGACCCUGGGCGCAGUCGUAUAACCUUCAUCAGCAGAGCACCUUAGCCAGUCUCUACCAAUUGAUGAGACUGGCAAGUUGGUGAACGCUGUGACCUGGUGGGCCUGCAAAGGAGAGCUUUGGUAGCGCAGGGCCUGCCCUACUGGGGGAGUCAGCACUGAGGGCCCCCUGGGAGGGGACUGGGCUGGGGCACUUGAGGGGCAGAGACCAACUCUGUAGGCACCUCCCUGGCUUUGAGAACAGCCCCUCCCUGUGUCUGCCUGGCUCAUAGGGACACUGAGACAGCCCAGCAAGCAACAAGUGACAGGUUGAAGGAGGAGGGGAGGCCUGCAAGCUCCGGGAAAGGAGCCAGGGAGCAGCUGCAGGGACCAGCCACCCUCCUUCUUUAGGGACCCCAGUCCAGCAUUUGCUCUUUCUUUCAUGUAGCCUGGGUCCCCUUCCACCUUUCCUGCUUCCCAAAUACACUGUUCUCUGCACUCCGAGACCUCCUGCCCUCCCCUUCACCCCUACCACAGGCAGGGCCAGGAAUUUCCGUGAUGUUUUCUAUGAGAUCAGAAUCCACCGUGGAAACCAGAGGUUCCUGUGCAGAGGGACCGGCUGGGGAGGGGAAGUUGUAGACAUAAAGUCUGGGGUUCCCUUUUUGGCUGCCAAUGACAAGGGCAGGCCUGGAUGAGGCUGGAGUCUCACUGGGCGGGCCAGCACCUCACGGCCAGAGCUGGACUUGGCAGGUCUUACCCCUCAGGGUCCCGGGCCAUAGCUCCCCAUCUGCCUCUAAUUUUCCCUGAAGGAGUUCUUUGCCCCCCACCAGAGGAGCCUCCCAUGGCCUAGGCUUCCCGCAGGUAUGGCUGACACUUUUUUGCAGACAAGUGCUAAGAGAAAGCACAUACAGCUUGGGUCCACAGAGAGAGGGGGCCGCAUCGCCCUGCCCACCCGGCCCUCCUGCAACCCCCUGCAGGGCAUGGCAUGGAUGUUUGGGCCUGGCUAGAGUUGGGGGCACUCUGACAGCUCAGAGAGGAGGACUGCAGGUCUGAAUGCACUUUUCUGGGCCCCUGUUGGCUGGGAGCCUUCAAGAGGGAGGGCACAUGUGGGGCUCCCCUCUGUGAGAAAGCAGCUGGGGGCAGUGAGUCCCCCUUCCACAGACUUUGUGAGUUCCCCCAAGCAGGACAGGGACAAAGACAAUUUGGGGAGGACUUUGGAAGGAGUUGGUUGGUUGAUCCUUUUGCUUUUCACCAAUGUCUGUGCCAUUUUGUAUUUUCCUAAUAAAAUAGAAAAGUUGAGAAUCAAA